AAGAGAAUUGGAGCAGACAAGCCAUGACCAGCUACGUGGAACUAAGCACAAAAGCAAAGAUGCCCAUCCUGGGCCUAGGAACCUGGCAGUCCUCCAUUGGGAAAGUGAGAGAUGCGGUGAAGUUUGCCAUUGAUGUUGGAUACCGCCAUUUUGACUGUGCCUAUGUUUACCAAAAUGAAAAUGAAAUAGGGGAUGCCAUCCAAGAGAAAAUUGAGGAGGGAGCUGUGACACGGGAGGACCUCUUUGUUGUCAGUAAGCUGUGGUGCACACGUCAUGAGAAAUCUCUGGUGAAGGGAGCAUGCCAGAAUACCCUUGCUGCACUGAAACUGGAUUAUUUGGAUCUCUACCUGAUGCACUGGCCCAUGGGAUUCAAGGCCGGAGAAGACCUGUUUCCGACAGAUGAGAAUGGCAUGAUCAUUCCUAGUGACACAGAUUUUCUGGACACAUGGGAGGCUCUGGAAGAACUGGUGGAUGCAGGACUGGCAAAAUCCAUUGGAAUCUCUAACUUUAACCGUGAACAGAUAGAGAGGCUCUUGAACAAACCUGAUUUAAAAUACAAGCCAGUGAAUAACCAGAUUGAGAGCCACCCAUACCUUCCUCAGGAAGAGCUGGUUAACUAUUGCCAGUCCCAAGGGAUCUCUGUCACUGCUUACUGUCCCCUUGGAGCACCCAACUGGCCUCAGCCCAAGUCUGAGGCUAUUUUCCUCUUAGAUGACCCCAAAAUUAAGGAGAUUGCAGCCAAGUAUAGUAAAACCUCAGCUCAGGUUCUGAUCCGGUUCCACAUCCAAAGAAAUGUGAGUGUAAUUCCCAAGUCUGUCACUCCACAUCGUAUUGAGGAAAAUUUUAAGGUGUUUGACUUUGAAUUAACUAAGGAGGAGAUGGAAACCAUCCUCAGGUUUAAGAAGAGAUAUAGAAUCUGUUCCCUAACCACAGGCAGAAAUCACAAGGACUAUCCUUUCACAGAGGAUUAAACCUGGAUUUUUUUCCAGGACUUAGAAGGAUUGUAUACUACUGAUUCUUUAGUUCAGUUAGAAUACCAUGUUCACAUGAAGUUCUAUAGGAAGCUUAAAGAACACAUCCUGAAGACUGUCCAGUUUGAUUCCCUUACAUCUACUAUUGUAGCCCUUUAGCUGUUUGAUAUUUUAUUUUUAUGAUAUAAAAGCAUGUUUUCACCUUUAAUAAAAUGUA